AUGGUGUCAGAAACCAAAACUUCCUUCGGCGAUACGCUGUACAUGUUCUUCGCCCUCUACCUUACUACCCUCUUCUCCCUUGACACGUGGGCUGCCGCUCGCAAUUCGCCGUACCGUGCACCGGGCAACAAUUCGUUCCAUCGACCUGCACACACGCCACCAGCACCAGACAGCUUCCAAGGAGGCAUGCACGGUCGUGGUAAUGCUGGGGCUGGGAGUGGAAGCGGCGGAAACGGAGGAAACGUUGGACGAGUGCCGCAGGCGCGUGAUUCAAGACCACCCAUGAAGCUGUGGGGAACGGCCGCGUGUGGUGCUUGCAUGACAUAG